AUUUUGAGUUAUAUAAAGAUGUAUUAAUAAUAAAAAAAUCUCUCGUGAAACGCAUAAAAAUAUGUGAAUUAUAAGAUAUUUUGAUCAUAAUACCGUUAUGUAAUCCAAAAUGUUCAAAACAGUUGUGUAUCUGGCUGAUUCAUCCACGCAUAUUCGUAGUUGGGGUUUUACAGUUCGCACGGUGACAGUGCCUUCUCAUCCCGUUCCUUGAUCCUCUCUGUCCUAGCUUAACAACGAUGGUGCAGGCAGAGGCGCAUCCGUAUGAUGCAGCGAAGAAUAGAAGCGAUCAGAAGAUGGAGUCAGAGGCUCAGCCACCGUUAGAAGACCUGGAGAAGAAGAAGAAGGACGAAGAUGAGCUUUCAGUACCGUUCGCGUAAAGGAAUUAUUUGACAGCUUAUUUGAAGUGGAGAACCCUCGCCCAGCUGUUGAGCGAGAAUAUUCCGUCUUAUAAAAUUUUGAGUGACUUUGGUGUUUUGUUGCCAGGGAUCCAGUAGGUGCUGGGAUUUUUGAAAUCUGUUCAUUCAUCAUGGUCUGGUGGCCAUUAGAUGGUCUAAAAAUAAUUAUCAUAAACCUUGUUAGAUAAAAAACAAACGGAGAACCCUUGCCCAACUGUUUAGAUCCAGUAUGGGUUGAAAUCUAGAUUUGUGUUUUCUUAUUUGAUAUUUGGUCUUCCCUGUCUUACUACUUGUUUUUUUUUCUAAUUACUGAUUGAUGAUUAACUGUAAAUGAUUGUUAUUCACUGUGGCGGCUUUAAUUUUGAAAAAUUUUACACUAGCUUGAACAAAUAGAAAGUGCUACAGCGUGUUAGGGAGAGAGAUGGAAUGGAAAGAGGUGGAAGGUUUUUUCUGUUCAUUCUCUUUUGAUGUUGUAUUUUUGUUUUUGCCCUAAUUGGGAGAGAAUAGAUGGAAUGCAAAACAUUAUUUUUGUGUGUUAACAAUAUUAAACUUCCUAAUUUUUAAAAAUUCAAAUUUGUCUUUUAUAUAAUAAAGCUUUAUCUAUCAAUUAAGAGGGUACCACUGCCAUUGAUUAUUUAAUUUUUUUCUGUCCAAUUCAUUUUUAGUUCUCCCGCAAAUAAAGGAGAAAUUAUUUUUACUUUUAUUAUCCACCCUACCACACAGAAAGUAUUCUAAUUUCCAUUCUAUUCCUUUUCAUUUAAUUUUUUUUUUAUAUUUCAUUCCGUUACUAACUCUUUCUCAAUCAGAGCCUUCAGUAACCUGGUAGAAAUUGCUUGAUUGUAACUUAAUGAGGCUGACUGAGCUGAUCUCACAAUCUGUUGAAUCCUGCAACUGUGCAGGCUGUUCAGCUUCGUUGUCAAUUUUGUGUUCAUUUUCAGUUUUUUGUUUCAGACUCUUGCAUUCAAUUUUUCUUUUUCUGUUAGAAAAGUGAAAAUUGAAGUUGUCUUUUAAUAAUGCCAUAUUUCUUCAAAUUUUGAAAACAAAAGAUGAACAUAUGUUUGAUAAAAUUUUUGUUUAUUUUAAUAGUUAAUAGAUAUAUGUAACAGUUAACUUUAUAAAAAAAAGAUGUCCCUGAAUGCACAAGGCUCAUUGCUUUGCUGGGGUAUGGGAAUUUUUUUCAAAUAAUUUCACUUAAUGAAAUUAUAAAAAAUAAUUUCAAAUGUAAUAAGGUAACUCUGAAAAUCAGGAUAUGAAGUAUAUUUUUAGUUAUAGUUUCAAAAAAAUAUUUACAGUUAGAAUAUGCUGUUGCAUGUGUUACAAUUGACAACUAGCAGGUUUGCUGGAUGGUAAAAGAAUAUAAACCAAAGUAUAAGGACCCAAAUUUGAGUUCCACCAAAACCUGAGGAAGCCUUCUGCUGCUGAAGAAGACAGGAGAAGCUUGACCAAUUUUCCCCUCCUUUUGGUGGCCUCAAAAUGACAAUGAAAUCAAACAGUCCUUUAGUAUCUUGUUAAAGUUUUACUUACAAUUUGAGCAUCUGAAUCAAAGGUGACUUUGCCAAUGAAUUGCCUUAAGAUAUUUAGUUUUCCAUAAAAGGGAAUGCAAUCAUCAGCACACAAUGUAUUUGUAACUUUGGCCAGACUGAUGAAAAUCUGAAUCUAAAAUCACAAUUUUGUAUGUCGUAAUGCAAAUGAAAUGAUUCAUGAGCAUGAUAAUGCUGUAGUUCUUAUGCUUAAUUUUCAUGUAUUAUCUGUCUUGAAGGUUAUCUUUCUUGUUUAUUCAAGUGUUGUUUAUCCAACUAAUAUUUUUUCCAGCUUCCCCAUCGAGUUAAUCUUUGAUUUGUUUGUCUUAUGUCUUACUUGAUAUGACUGAAACACAUUUGUUUUCUUCUUUGUUUUUCCUGUUUCAUAUCUGAUUGUAUAGGGAUAAUGUAAGUAGGCAAGAGAGAAAGAAUUGAAAAAACUUAAAGCUUCACAAAAAGCGGAGGCAGCCAAAAUUCAGUACUUAAAAAACAGGUAAAAGGAAGAACUUGAAAAGGGGGGCAGGGGGAGAAAAUCCUGAAGACUAUGUUGAUCCAGAGACUCCAUUUGGUGAGAAGAAACUUCUUUCGUGUCAAAUGGCUAAGCAAUUCAGUCCCAAUGCAGUAGAAAGAUCAUGGUAUGCAUGGUGGGAGAAAUCAGGCUUCUUUGUGGCAGAUUCUAGCAGCUCCAAGCUGCCAUUUGUAAUUGUACCGCCACCUCCAAAUGUGACUGGAGCCCUACAUGUAGGCCAUGCCCUAACCUGUGCUAUCCAGGAUACUAUCAUGCGGUGGUGUAGAAUGCAUGGAUACAAUGCCUUGUGGGACGCAGGUGUAGAAUUGGAAGAAUGAGUACACUGGCACCGUAUUGAAACAACUUAAAGAGGAUUGGGUGCCUCACUUGAUUGGUCUUGAGAGGUUACAAUCUUAAAUUAU